AUGUGGAAUCCAUGGAGAGAAAACCUCAAAGACACGCCCAAGGAGUCUCUCAACUGGAGACUGUGGUAUGGCGUUUUCGUCUUCGGAUUGAUGGGCGCCGCCCGAGGUAUUGACGAGGGCCUCAUCGGCACCACCGCAGAGCUCGACCCAUUCAUCAACAAGUUUGGCUUGGAAGACCCAAGCAAGUCUGAGCAUGAAAAGGCCGAACUGCUGUCCAACAUCACAUCCAUGGUCCAGAUGGGUUCGAUCCUGGGCGCCCUCGUCGCCUUCUACUUGACCGACAAGAUUGGACGUAUUUGGGCUGUGCGCCAGCUUUGCGUCCUCUGGGUCCUUGGUAUCGCCAUCUUCCUCGGCAGCGCUUCGACGGGAAGCAUCGGCAUGGUAUACGCCGGACGAUUCAUCGCCGGUAUUGGCAUCGGACAGACCACUGUCGUAGCUCCUACAUACUUGGCCGAGACUGCUCCCAGGGCUAUCCGUGGUCUCUGUGUGUGCGCCUUCGCCGGUGCAGUGUAUCUUGGUAUCAUGCUUGCUUACUUCGCUUCUUGGGGAUCUUCCAUCCACAUCUCGAGCGAGACGGAUGCGCAAUGGCUAGUACCAAACAGCAUGCACCUCAUGUUCGCCGGCAUCAUCUUCACUCUCUCAUUCCUCAGCAAAGAGUCGCCGCGUUGGCUCAUCAAGGUCGGACGCCAUGAGGAGGCUCUCAAGAACUUGACACUCCUGCGCCAGCUUCCCGCCGACCAUCCAUACAUUGUGUCAGAAGUUUUGGACAUCAACGACCAGCUGAACCGCGAGCGGGAGGCUACCCUGGGCACUUCAUGGCUAGGCCCCAUCCGCGAAAUCUUCUCAAGCAAGGCCAACCUCUACCGCAUCCAGCUCAGUAUCUUCUCGCAACUGCUCAGUCAGUGGUCCGGCGCCAACUCCAUCACCAUUUACGCCCCCCAGUACUUUGAGAUGAUGGGGACGACCGGCCAAAGGGAGAAGCUCUUCGCUACCGCGAUCUUCGGCCUGGUCAAGCUUAUCUCAUCGCUGCUCUGUGCCUUCGUGCUUAUUGACUACAUUGGGCGCAAGCGCGCCCUUUCAAGCGGUAUUACACUCCAGCUCAUUGCCAUGCUCUACAUGGCAAUCUUCCUCUUCAUCGAUAAUAGCGUCGGUGAUGCGGACGCCCCUCAAUCCGCCAGCAUGAAGGGAGCUGCGAAAGGUGCAAUCUUUUUCAUCUAUGUUUCUGGCUUUGGAUGGGCACUUGGGUGGAACAGCAUCCAAUAUCUCAUCAACUCGGAAAUUUACCCUCUGCGGCUCCGCGCCUUGGGUGGCAGUUUCGCCAUGACGUUCCACUUCGUCAACCAGUACGGCAACUCGAAGGCUGUCCCGCUCAUGUUCAUCGCCAUGACGCAUGGCGGCACUAUGCUGUUCUUCAGCAUCGUCACCGCCAUCGGUCUUGUUUGGGUGUGGUUCUUCUUGCCUGAGACCAGUGGAAAGAGUCUCGAAGCCAUGGACGAGCUGUUCAACCUGCCCUGGCACCUUAUUGGACGCAAGGGAGCGGAAAUGACCAAGGGUCACGGUGGACUAUCCGAGGUUCUCGAUACCGAAGGCGAGAAGGCGGUUGGUGUGCAGAUGGAGGAGGUACCGGGUGCGCAGAGGAGAAGUGCGGAGCAAAGAGUUUAA